CGGCCUUUCCCGCUUCGCCCAGACAUGUUCCCAGAUCGGUGACUAUUUCCAAGGCGCCAAUGGAAAGCUGGGCUCAAUCGCUUAUUGGUCGCAGGAAGUGUCACUCAACACUGUCAUGUGACACGAUAGGCCGUAGGAUCCACCCAGCUACCGAGGGAAAAUGCGUCAUCAUUCCAGUAUGAGCGCGGUGAUUGGCUAGCCGCUGCUGUUAGUGUAGAUUGGCUGGGGGUUAAAAUGCUGUCUAUGGGGUUCGGCUUAUGAGAGAAGACUGUUGCUUUUAUUGGCAUUCAUUUGAGGCUAACGGCUGGCACGGAGGGCGUUGCACCAUGUUGCUGUCACGGCUCCGGUUCCAGCAGCUUCGAGUAAGUCAUUUGUAACAUGGACACUGUAUGUACGUAAUUAAAAACGUUUCCUUAGCGCCGUGGGUUCAGGAGUGCACGUGCUCUCAGGCUCCACCCUCUUUAUUUGCAUACUGGGAGCAAGUGCUGCUGGGAUCAGUCCAAUGUUGGCGUUGCCAACGCUUUACAAAUGUUCUGAUUGUGAUUAUUGCUGUUUCUAUUUUGUAAAGCGUGUUUCAGCUGAAUAAUGUGAAAAACAAAGGAAAACUUUUUGUAUAAAAAAAAACCCCAAACCAAAGAAUUGUCACAGUGAGUGUACACAUUAUAUUGACUACGACACAUAUAUAGAGGUCGUUCGUAAAUGGGAGAUGUGCGGAAGGGAAGCUCAUUGCUGAGGUCACCUACUGAGCGCGUCACGUUAGUGAUGUCACUCCCAUAUAUAUAUAUAUAUAUACCUCAGGGAAGGUCUGAGAGAAGAGCCCAUUGUCGCCCUUACAGGGUGUCACCCGAUACUCAGGGUGAGUGAGUCCCCAGCAACCCCACGCUGGAGUGGACCGGCCCGUCACGUGGUGUGGGACCAUGCAGAAGACGCCUUGCAGCGUGGUUGGGGGGAGGCUGUGCCGCAGAUUGAGGCUCAUCCCUCGCCCCUCCCACGUCUCGCACGGCUGAUGCAGUCUCACAUUCCGGGUCUUGGAAGUGACUCACGGCUUGCAGUGUUAGUCCAAUGGCUGAGGCAAGGUAGCUGCACGGGAUGUGUGCGCACCCUGUAACCCAAUUCAGACUACUCUCCCGCCGCUCUUUUAUGAACUAAUUCAAUUUGUUUUAAGUUUACUUUUCUUACAUAGUUUCCACUAUGAUAUCAAUGUGCCCAGUAUUGAGAAUACUUCAAUCAAUCAUAGUUAGAAACACUUUAACUAGAAAAAUGGAAAUCGUGAUUUCAACAGUAUUGCAUUUACUCGGUAGGUUUGUUUAUAAUUCCACCACAGCGUACUUCCCUCCUGUCUGUGCCUCCGCUCUUGGGAAUACAAAUGUGUAUAAGUUACCAAUCAGACAAGGCUCAAAAUGUACCUAUCAGAGCACUCUUAUUGAUGCUAAUUCUGCAGCUGCUUAGUAGAUAGCAUAAUUCCCAUGGUAUUAGGGAGCUAUCUACUAAAAUUAUCUAAGUAAAAAGUUGCUUGGUAUUAGUGAACAUAGGCGUGUGCCUGGGCACACCCUAAUCCCCGCGGCACACCUAUGGAGUGAGACCGGCAGGGGAGAUCUCAGGAUCCCCCCGUCGGCUCAUGCAGAGCCGGCGCUAUCCAAGCGCCCGCUCUGCUCUAAGCCUCCCCUCACCAGCCCACAGGGAAUGAGGGAGGCAGGAGAGGACCCGGGGAGCUCUAGCCAGCAGCUCCGCCGGGUUCCUCUUGCAAGAUCUGAGUGUUGCCGCAGCAAUACUCAGAUCUCGCAAGAGUGAACUCUAGCCCCACAGGCUAGAGUUCACUCACCACUGGACCACCAGGGAAGGCAGAAAGGAUCCCCCCUCCCUACAAAAGGUAAGAAGGGAGGGGGUAUAUUUAUUAACUAAUCUGCCCCCAACUCCACCCCCACAAAUCACCCAAACAUACAGCGCACACACAAACCGCACCCUCACACACACAGCACACAAAUAGCACCUCACACACACAGCACACUAACAGUACCCUCACAAACAGCACCCUCACACAGCACACUAACAGGACCCUAACAAACACACACACAGCACACUACCAGUACCCACAUGCACACAGUACAUUAACAGUACAUAUAUAUAUAUAUAUAUAUAUAUAUAUAUAUAUAUAUUACACACGGCGUGUGCUUGUGCUUUAGGGUGCACACCCUAAUGCAACUGGCUGCACACGGCUAUGUUAGUUAAUAAGGGUGUCCUAGCACGAAUGAACAAUGUGGGAACAUUUCUUUGACUACAGGAAAUGGAGUGGACUUAAGCUCCUCCUUAGGUCAAAGCUGCUCAAGCGUAGGAAAAAUACAUACUACAAAGUAGUCCAUACUUUGUCUUAUGCUUUAAAGCGGCACUGUUAUCGAUUCCUCUUCUCUCCCUCUUUCCGAAUCUGUUCUUCAUUUUUUCCUGUCUGCUCUAGUUUUCUUUAAAACAUAAGACAAAGUAGGGACUAUUUGUCUUAUGGAGGUUUCCUACACCUGACCAGCUUUGACCAGCGGAGAAGCAAAGUGUGCUUCAUUUCCGGUGAUCAGAGCAAUUUUCCCACAAUUCUCACCUUUCCUCCAUAUUCCCCUGAAGCCUCCUUUCACUUUUCCCAAACUUGCUGUCAUUUAGAACAGUUUCUCCAUUCGUGUUAGGACGGAUUCAGGACUUUGUUCGUAUCGGAAUUUCAUUCGAAUGAAUGAAACUCUGAUCCUAUUCGUGCCACGGCUGCAUCUUGCAGCUGCUUAGUAGAUAACUACCUAAUUCCCACAGUAUCUACGGCGAGUAGGGACUUUACCGUGAGUAGGGGCAUGUAUAAUAAACAGCCAGUGGCUGCUCACUGUUAAAAAAACAACAACAAACCCUAGUAUCCUCCUUCCUGUGGGGGCUAUUAAACGAGAAUUGCAGGGGAAGGGGGACCUAUUGUCCUCCCCCCAAACCCCACCCCAGAGCAGUAAAUGAAAAUGUUACCCCCAACCCGCUAGGUGAAUAGGGGUCCCCAACCCCCUAGUCACCUCCCCACCCAAAUAAAAUUAAAUAUACCCCUACCUACCCCCCUUACCCUAAAAAUUGUGAGGGGGGGAACAAAAGAACUAAGUACCUGUAAAAUAAAUACAUAAACUUACCAUUUGAUGUCUUUUUUUUUUUUCUAAAAUCUUAAUUUUUCAUCCCCAAAAAAGGCCAACUAAAAAUCCAUAAUACCUGUCGAACGUUUUGUGUCAUUUAACCCCACUCCCUCUAGAAUGUAAGCUCGUUUGAGCAGGGCCCUCAAAGCAGUCUGUUGCUGUGCAUCCAGCUCAUCUUGUUAAAAAAUACUUGUGUUAGCCCACCCAUUGUACAAGACUGUGGAAUUAGAUGGUGCUUUAAAAAUAAUAGUAAUAAUUGCAUCGGUCAGAGUGAGCACCAACAAGGCAGCCGUCUCCGAUGCUCGUGGUCUCCGAUGCUCGUGCCCACAAAAAAGUGAAAUGAACAGAAAAUAUGUAAGACAUUAAUUCAGAGAGGCAGGACAGGGGACCAAAGGAACCCAAAAAUGAAAUAAGAAGAGAGUAUCAAAAUAGUGAAAAAUAAAGGGUCUGAAUAGACAGAUAACACACUGUACAGGGAGUGGAGAGCAAGGAAGUAGGUAAAACUAAGAAAUAUGGAGAAAUGGAAUAAUAGUACACCAUAAAAGAAAUGAACCGAAAACGUAUCUUGUGCACUAUCACAAAUUCCUAUGCAUAUUUAAAAAACUGGAGGUUUUAUUUAGUAUGAAUACAAUAGCCAUUAAAGUGUAAGCUCACCUGCCAAAUUAAGGCAAACCUCUUAGGUGAGUCCUACACUAACAAUUCACCUUGCUUCUUUGAGCAUAAAAAGCUAAAACCUCUAAUGAGAUAUAAAAGGGGUAAUUUUUUUUUUUUUUUAUAUAAACUCCAAUGCACUUAUUAAUACACAAAUAGUGUAGGCUGCAACACUGUAACAUAGCUGUGUAAUACAAACAUACAAAAUUAAGCCCUGCGAUCAACCUCCCAUUUCUCCUGGACGGCAGCAAUGACUAUAGUACUCAUCAGCCCCCAAAAAUAGAAUAAAAAAACAAAAAAAGUCACGUGCAUUUGCCUUGAUGUGGCAGGUAAGCUUGCACUUUUAUGGCCUUUGGAGUGAUACUAAAAGCCUUGAGAAAAGUCAAGUGAUGGUACUGAAAUGUUGAGAUAGAUAUAGAUCUAGAUCUCAAAUGAUGCAUUUGAGGAAGGGAUGCACUCUUUCACACACAUACUUGCUGCUGCUAACUGAAAUACUCUCUAUAACAUAUACAGGUACACUGGGAUUGUGUAUAAAAACUGUUGCGUUCACUUUCAUGUCCCAGUUUUGUGUGAAAGCGUCAUUCCAUAUGCACAAUGUCUUGGUUGCCCGGGUAUAUUGCCAUGCAUCCAGGCUUUUUUUAAGGGGUACAUGUCUAUCUGAACCGUAAUAGAAUCCUCAUGUUUUUUUUCUCCGAUGGAGACCGCUUAGUGUCCCCCCCCCUCCCCUUAUUAUUUGUAGGUGCCCAUGAGUGAGAGCUAGAGAGAACAGUGAGAUUUCUCAGAUUAAUCAAUUUGGACAAACUCCAUUUUUGUGGGUUAGGAAUUUAACCCCACUUUUGGGUCCUGACCAAGAAUCGGUACUAUACCUUCUUUUUAAUUUGUCACUAAUUCUUUUGUAUACUUCUUAAAACUUCCAUCUUAUUAUCAUUAGCUUUGCAUAGUGUUAUCAGCUACAUUUCUCAUGUUUCUACUGUUAUAGACUCUGAGCACACAGGCUCCUGGACUGUCACAGCUUGACAACUCAACAGGCUUUCUGUCUCAAGUGCCUUACCGGAAACAUCCUGGAAUCCUGCACUUAAAAUUAAUUCGUUUACCACAAAAGGCCCACAAUGCUGUUCAGGUUCUUCUGAAAGGUAAGUAACUGUGCUGGCGGCAGCUUCUAUAUUGUGUAGGUAUUUCGUUCAGUAGAAAUUCUAGGAAUAGAAUAGAAUUAAAAUAUUUAACAUUCAAUCUUACAAACAAAUCAGGGCUAUUCCAUACAGUAAACUAAAUUGUUGCAUUUUGUAAUUUUGCCGCAACAAAGUUAACUGUAUGCAACUAUAUCCAUGGGAUAUUGCUUAUAGGGUAAUACACCUGACGUUAACAAAUCGUAUUGUUUUCCACUGCAAAUUGACGCUGAAACUAUAUCUAAUUAUUUAAAGUGGCAUCAUCACCUCAACUAAGUUUCAUGACACAGUAAUAAGGGGUGUAUUAUCAGUCUGGUGUGAUUGCAUAUCAGGAAGGCCUGGGAAAGGCCUGAUGGCAUUUUGCAUGGGGCGAGCGCAUCUAAUAAUGCACUUGAACUUUGCUGUUUGGAUACAUUUUCCCUGUUGUUCCAUGAUGUGGGAAAAUUUGGACAUUCCCACCGAACCCUGGACAGAUGUGUUAUAUGGUAAAUGGAGAGUUCUGAGCAGAUGAUAUCACCAGCUAUCUUCAAGUUAUAAAUUAGAUCAUUUGGGUUUUGAAAAAUAAAGCGUAAAAUAAAAAUUAGUCUGACAUUAUAUAACGGGGGGAAAAAAAUAAGGUUGAAGAGUUUGUAGGUAGGUGAUUUUUGUUUCCUCUGGUCUGUUUGUUGUACAUCCAGCUAAUCACAAUGUUUAACAAAUGCAGUCCUGUUCUGAGCAAACCACAUGGAGAAUUAGCCCAAAUACUUUCAGACUGGGAUCUAUACAUUUGCUUAUACACUGACCUUAAAGGUACAGUCUAAGGACCAGAAAUCUCUUCUUAUUUUGGGACAAGGGGUUCUUCCCCUAUAGCCUUGCAGUUGAAAACAAUUCUGUUUCUGAAAAAAACUGCACUGUUUACAUUUUUAAGUUUCCACAAUUACUAGUGGUCAUCACACUCACAGAGGGCUUCUGACUGAAAAAGAUUCAUUAAUUAAAUAUUUUGGGCAAUGGAUUCAUUGAUUGUCUGUGAGAAGUAUGACUAGACAAUAGUUAUCAGGACGAUUGGAGACUGUUAUGGUACUGGAAUACAUGUAAGUUUUAUUUAAAUUUUAAUGUUUUUUUUAAUUUAUUUUUUUUCAUACUGCUGUGGGAUCAUUGCAGUUUAUAUUUUUAACCUUUCAUAGCUUUUAUAAUUAUGAUGUCAGAUUAUGAGUGUUAUUAUUUAUUUAUUUUUUUAAUUGAGGUCAUCUUGGAUUAGUGGGUAUGGGUGUCUUACCACAAUGGGCUCAAUUUAACAUUGUUGGAUAAGCUUUCCUAAUAAUUUAAUAGUCCAUAGCUAUUUGGUUGUUCUAAAUUAGUAGUUGUGACAGUACCACUUUAAAUUUGCUCUUUACUGCACUGUGUAUUUGGGAGGAGGAUAAGCUGUCCCUUUGACUAUCUUUUUUUUGUAGCCUGUUUAUCAUUUCCUCAAAUAAUGGCUUAUGUUUUCAGAACGCUCCAUCAGACAGCUGGAGGAUCGUGUAACAGCCCUGAAAAAUUACCUCUGGAGUCGGAAACGACCAGCUGAAGAAAGUGAUUUGAGAGCACAGGCUGCAGAGUUGGAGAGGAAAACCAAAACCUAUAUGGCAAGCAUUCCAGGUAUGUGUAUGACAAACAGCCAGGGCCAGAUUAAGAGCCCAGUGGGCCUGGUGCUGACAAUUAUGACGGGCCUAAUUACAGAAUCAUAUCGACCAAAAACAGCAGCUAUAAGAAAACACAUACCCUAGGCUAAUCUAUCACUAAUUUAUGUUUUCAUCUUUCAAGUAAAUCCAUAACCCCUAACAGCAGUGUCCAGUAAGCAGGAAGUCAAUGGGCACUGUAAAAGGGUGUGCCACUGACACAAAUCACGUAACCUGCCAAAAGGGGCGAACAUGCCCAAAAAGAGGAUAUGUCUGCCCAAAGAAUUAGAAGGCCAGCCUGGUAUGAAUGCAUGUCAGACUGCCUGCCAAUCAUGCAGCUGGCCAACUAAGGGCAUACUAUGCAGACAGCACCCUGAGCUUGGCAUAAAUGCAUCUAAUGAUGCGCUCGCUCAACGCUUUCUAAGGACUGUCCCCUAGCACUCGCUGGUCCACUUGUCUCCUUACCUUCUUACUAGCAGGCAGAAGCUCCUGGUAUAUAGUCUGGGACAGAGAAAAGCUGUAUGUAGUGAGUGUAGAAGAAAGGGAACAUGCCACAGUGCUAGAGAGUCCAAAGUCAGCAUUACCUUAAAGGAUCACUAUAGGGUCAGGAACACAAACAUGAAUUCAUGACCCUAUAGUGUUAACACCACCAUCUAGCCCCCCUGGGCCCCUCAUGCCUCCUUAAAUAUAGCAAAAUCUUACUGUAUUCAAGCCUGAAGCUGUAACUCUGCAUGCUGUUAGACUCAGAAAAACAAGCAGUCUGCUCACAUCAUUAGAAGUGGUGGCCUAAUCCAAUCACAGUGCUUCCCCAUAGGAUUGGCUGAGACUGACAAGGAGGCAGAUCAGGGGCAGAGCCAGCAUGAUUCAAACACAGCCCUGGCCAAUCAGCAUCUCCUCAUAGAGAUGAAUUGAAUCAAUGAAUCUCUAUGAGAAAAGUUCAGUGUCUGCAUGCAGAGGGAGGAGACACUGAAUGUUUGGAUGCAUUUUAGGCAGGCAUGACCCAGGAAGGAUCUCUAACAGCCACCUGAGGAGUGGUCAGUGAAGUUAUCACUAGGCUGUAAUGUAAACACUGCAUUUUCUCUGAAAAGACAGUGUUUACAGCAAAAAGCCUGAAGGUAAUGAUUCUACUCACCAGAACAAAUUCAAUAAGCUGUAGUUGUUCUGGUGACUAUAGUGUCCCUUUAACUAUAUUCAUUGUCAGCCAGUCCACACAAGUUUUGUUCCCAUACAUCCCACUUAAGUUUCCAUACUUAAGUAAGAGUAUGUGAAAAGUAGUUAGAGUUGCCACCUUUCUUGGAAAAACAUACCGGCCUUGCUAAUUUGCAUAAUUAAAUAUGUAUGGGUGACAUCACAUGAUGUAAAUCACAAGGAGUGACAUAAGAGAAAAUGCUGUAAAAUCACCAAAAACCUACUUAGUUUGAUUCUGCUGUAUAGAUGGAUUCCUCCCAGUGGCCCCAUGUCUCCCAGUGCCCCCAUGUGUCGAUUACUCCAGGUCUCAGUGUUCCUAUGUAUCAGUGUCUCAGUGCCCCAUGUCUCCCAGUGUCCCCUAGUGUCGUGUCCUCGGGUCUCCCAGUGAUCCUAUGUAUCACAGUGUCUCAGUGCCCCAUGUCUCCCUGUGUCCCCAUGUAUCCCAGGGUCCCCAUGUCACUAGGAAGACGGGAAGAUCUGGGGACACGGAGACACCAAUGACACUGGGAGACUAUGGGACUCUGGAUGGGACGCAUGGGGACACUGGGAAAAUAGGGGACACUUGAAGACAUGGGGGCACUGGGAGACAUGGGGACAAGGAGACACCAGGGCCACAGACACUAGGGACACUAGCUUGGAGACAUGGGGACAUUGAGGCACUGGGAGACAUGGAGGCACUAGGAGGCAUGGGAACAGUGAGACACCAGGGACACUGGCUGGGAGACAUGGGGACACUGGGAGACAUGGGGACACUGUGUCCUCAUGUGUUUGUCUCAUAAUGUCUCCCAAUGUCUCUUAGUGUCUCAGUGUCUGCCAUAAUGUCUCCCAGUGUCCUUUAGUGUCUCAGUGUCUGCCAUAAUGUCUCCCAAUGUCCCUUAGUGUCUCAGUGUCUGCCAUAAUGUCUCCCAAUGUCCCUUAGUGUCUCAGUGUCUGCCAUGUCUCCCAGUGUCCCUUAGUGUCUCAGUGUCUGCCAUAAUGUCUCCCAGUGCCCCUUAGUGUCUCAGUGUCUGCCAUAAUGUCUCCCAAUGUCCCUUAGUGUCUCAGUGUCUGCCAUAAUGUCUCACAGUGUCCCUUAGUGUCUCAGUGUCUGCCAUAAUGUCCCUUAGUGUCUCAGUGUCUGCCAUAAUGUCUCCCAAUGUCCCUUAGUGUCUCAGUGUCUCCCAGUGUCUCAAUGUCUGCCAUAAUGUCUCCCAGUGUCCCUUAGUGUCUCAGUGUCUGCCAUGUCUCCCAAUGUCCCUUAGUGUCUCAGUGUCUGCCAUAAUGUCUCCCAUGUCCCAGUGUCUGCCAUAAUGUCUCCCAAUGUCCCUUAGUGUCUCAGUGUCUGCCAUAAUGUCUCCCAGUGUCCCUUAGUGUCUCAGUGUCUGCCAUAAUGUCUCCCAAUGUCCCUUAGUGUCUCAGUGUCUGCCAUAAUGUCUCCCAAUGUCCCUUAGUGUCUCAGUGUCUGCCAUAAUGUCUCCCAAUGUCCCUUAGUGUCUCAGUAUAUGCCAUAAUGUCUCCCAGUAUCCCUUAGUGUCUCAGUGUCUGCCAUAAUGUCUCCCAGUGUCCCUUAGUGUCUCAGUGUCCCCAUGUCUCCUUGCAGCCUUUCCCCCCAUCCCUAACUUCCCUGAGCUGUAGGCUGUCUCUGCAGGGUGGGAGUUGCUGUCUGGACUCUCUGUAGCUGCACCCCUGCAGAUCAGGGAGUAUAGAUAGGCAGGAACUUCCUAUCCCUGCCUGUCUCCACACACAGUGACCCCUACUGGCCAGUGCUGGUAUUGCAGAGUAAUCUCUUGUUUAUACUGAGAAAAAUACCAGCAUUUGUAUUGCCAGUAUCACUGUAAUAUUGGCACCAGCCAGGCAGCCUCAAAUACUGCCUAUGCCAAUAAAAUAAAAGCCAGGUGGAAUCCCUAAGAGUAGUGUGUUUUUUUUUUUUUAAAUAAAUCAAUGGGCCUAUUCCAUGGGCCUGGGCCUGGGCCUGGAGCUGCAGCUCCAUCAGCCCCUAUGUUAAUCCGGCCCUGCAAACAGCGCAAAAUGUUCUGGUCAUUUCAUUACAUAGCAAAUUCUUUUAAUACAAUAGGUGACUGUAUUCACUUAAAGUGACACUAACAUCACCUAAAUAGUGAUGUCCCGAACGGUUCGCCGCGGACGGCGAACAUAUGCGGUAAACUUUGACCCUGUACCUCACAGUCAGCAGACACAUUCCAGCCAAUCAGCAGCAGACCCUCCCUCCAGGACCCUCCCACCUCCUGGACAGCUCACUAAGAAUGCAGCUUCACAAUGAAUGUAAAAUGGAUGCUGUCCAGGAGGUGGGAGGGUCUGGGAGGGAGGGUCUGCUGCUGAUUGGCUGGAAUGUGUCUGCUGACUGUGAGGUACAGGGUCGAAGUUUACCGCAUAUGUUCGCCGUCCGUGGCGAACCGUUCAGCGAACCGUUCGGGACAUCACUACACUUAAACAAUGAAGCAGUUUUGGUAUAGAUCAUGCUUUGCAGUCUCACUACUCAAUUCUUUGCCAUCUAUGAGUUAAAUAACAUUGUUUAUGCUCGCUGGUGACAACUUCCUGCAUGUGACUUACACAGCCUUCCUAAACACUUCCUGUAAAGAGUCAUCUAAUCUUUGCAAAUUCUGUGGCUAGGGCUGCAUGGCCAGAAACAAGUGAUUUGUCUCCUAAAUGUCAGAUAAUUGAGCAGUGAGAUUUUCAGAGGCAUGACCUAUACCAAAAAAAAAUAAAAAAUUGUUAGUUAUUUUAGUUACUAGUGUCCCUUUAAGAUCUAUUAUAUGGAGAAAUAAACCAGAGAUGUACAAUUUAUACGGUUUUAUACAUAUUUGAAUGAUAUGCUGGAGUAUUCACUUUCUAAAUAGAAGUUAAAUAAUACCAGAUAUUUAGUUAAUAAACCAGUCUUGUUUGUGCCUAUUCAAGUAAAUAACAAUCAUGAGUGAAGAUGUAAUACUAUCAUUUUUGCUUCUACUACAUUGUCAACCUUGCAGCGUUCUUCAAUUUACUAACGCUAGUCACCAACCUUUUCUGAGUUUGCAGCAAAAUGACAGUAAAUAAUAAUUACUUGUCUGGUUCUACUUGGUGAUCAAGAUCAACUCAAGAAACUAAUACACUUGCAGGAGAAAGUACCAUAAAAUGAUUGAUCCCUUGAAGCAUUUCACCAGUAUAUUUACAUAGGAGGCAGGUAUCAUAGUAUUUACCAUUUGAAUGUCUUUAACAGAGGAGGAUGUCUCUAUUCAGGAGGAGAAGGUACGGAAUAUUGUACUGAAAACGCUACGGAAGAAUACUUACCACUGGCAGCCUCUAAGGUAUGGAACUACCCAUGUCAUGUCCUUAUGCCAUGUGUCUAAUAAAUUGUGUGCAGAGAGAGAACUGGAGGCAUCUAGAUAGCUGUGAUCCACAGCAGUGCACUCUAGGCCACCAUUGUUAAAUGGGGUCACUGGGAGCACAAUGUUACUGUUCCCAUGGAGAGUAAAGUACUGGGCAUGCAACUACAUGUCCUGUUAUAUUUAUUGUUGCUUCACUGUUCUCUUUUAGUAAAGUUCUUAUUUUAAUUCAUUUUCAGGUUUGAUUGUGUGUACAUUAAAUCUAAAAGAUAGGAAAUUCUCAUAUCACACAUAUAUUCAUUUUCAUUUUGUGUUUGUCACAGUUACACUGAUGAACUUUGUCUGGUGUACUUAGCUGCCCGCUUUGAUGGAGGAUUUGCUGCUGUAACAAGAGCUCUACAAGAGGUGAGGCUAUCUACAUAUUGAACAAAUGAUUUAAUGAUUUUCUCAAACUACCCAGUUUUUUUAAACUACAUGAAAUAAGUAGCUUUGAUUAAACAUUUAUUAAUUGUUUAUAAAAGAAAUCAUUAAGAACAAUUAAAUAAUAUAUAGAACAUACCUAUUGUUCAUUUCUUAGGUCAGGAAACUUACAGCAUACAUGGGACUGUCAUUAUUUUAUACUCUGUCACAUGUGCGAGAUAUGGUCCGUGAACAUAAUUUGAGCUCUAGCUGACAAGAUGAUUGAGUAGAGUUUCAUAUAGUCUCUCUACAUUACAUUUAUCAAUAUAGUUUAUUCGCUAGGAGAUUUAUCCUGGAUUUUGACUGUAUUAAAUCUUCUUAUUCCCAAGAUUCGUCAGCGUGUUCCUGAUUUCAAUCCACAGACGCUUCUGGAUUUUGGUUCUGGUGUGGGAUCAGUAACAUGGUAAGUAGAGACCAUAGUUUUUCAUUCAGAUGUGACUGGCUCUAUACAAUGUACAGUUGGCAGGGUUUAAUCCUAAUGUAUAUACAGAAAAAGUAUAGGAUGUGCACUAGUUAUAUAGAUACUAUAGAGGGGCUUACAAUAAAGGAAUUUGUUAGAAUACAAUCUAUCUGACAUGGAGACAUGGCCAGUGCAAAGAUUGUUGGCAAAAAAUAAAGUGUUGCCAUAAUUUAAUUUUUCUUUCUCUUUUUUUUUUUUUUUUUCAACACAACUAUAGUUUUUACAUUCUGCCAAAAACCACGUGAAAAUUAUUGUAAAGCAGUAUUUGUCAUUUAAAUGCUGUCAGAUGGAUAGUGGUUAUUUUACAUUUAAAUAUCAAACAAGGUAGAUUGUGUCUCUAACAUUGAUGUUAAAGGAAUUCUUCAAGUUUUUAUGCAGAAAAUAAACUUUACAUGAAAACUGUUUCAUGCACAAAAUGCUUAGUGAUGGCAAUAGCAAAGCAUAACAGACCGUAAUUCAUAGGUUGUUUUUGUUUUUUAUAGUAAAUUGUUUUCAGUAACAUGGAAACUUAAGGUGCAUUGGCUUAGGUUAUGCUGCUAACAUAGUGGAUGUGGUGUAAAUCUUUUUGUCCCCAAUUAAAGGCCACAUAAAAAACCUGAUAAUACGAUAAAACUUUUUGAAAAUAAAAAGAAAUCUAGACACAUUACUGAUCAAGUCUUGUGAGAUGCAAAACCUGCCUCUCAGAGUAUUCUGGUUGGUUGACCUUUGUUAAAGCUCUCCUGCUUUGAAUGCUCAGUCUGUGCAGAGCACUUGAUGGUAAUUAUACCUUUUGUGGGGGGCGGGGAGGGGUUGGUUGGGUUGCAAUUUGGUUCUUUUUUUAUUUUAAGUUCUGUGUAUCUUUUUCUUAGGGACCCAUGGACCAAACUUUUUAUUUAUACAUACAUAUAGAUUUGUCUCUAGUAAAUUGAGCUGAUUGUUUAGGUACAAUUUAAUACUCUUUAAGCUAACUUGGGUGUACCUUUUUAAUAUUGUGAUUAACAUUUCUUUUUGCACCUUAUUUUCAGGGCAGCCCAUGCCAUAUGGGGAGACCGUAUUGGUGAAUACAUGUGUGUAGACAGCUCUGCAUCAAUGAACAAGCUCAGUGAGUUGGUAAUGAAAGGUAAAAGCUUUCACCAUUCUGACUUUAAUAAGUUUUUCAUGAGUCCUUACUUCUUACUUUUUGUCUCAAUUUCCAUAUCAUAGACUUUUAACCUAAUACUAUGGCUCUGUCGAUAACUUGACAUUGGAUUAUAAAAAGAGUCAGGGUGUGUUGAUUUUUUUUUCUGUUUCUCUAUGUUCCAAUGCAUUGGGUGUGUAAUUCUUUUAUUUCUUGGAAUGUCUAUGUGCAGGAGGAACAGAGACUGGAGAUAUGCAUGUCUCUGAAGUUUAUUUCCGCCAGUUUCUGCCUUUGUCUCCAAAGGUAAGCCAUUUUCUGAAAGUUACCCUCAUUGACUCUAAAUGUCACUCCUCAUUUUGCAAUUAAUUUUCUUGUGUAUUCUUCUGUUUACCACUUUUCACAUGUAAAUGCGUCCCUUUUUUAUAUCAUUGUGUAUAUAUAUCAUGUAAUUUGGAGAAAAUGGAUUUAAAUUUCGCACAUCUUAUAUCUUAUUGGGUGCUCAUUGGGUAUUUGUCUGAAAGAUUUCUGUGGUAGUAAAAAAGCAUAAUUCAUUAGAGAAGACAUUGUUAUAUGAAUAAAAACCUGUUUCAAAUAAAACCUUGAAAUUGUAUGUCAGUGUUGCGUACAUCUGAACACCCAAAGUGAAGGGAGUAGAGGAAAGGGAGAUCGCAUUCCUUCUAAAAUGGUCAUAACGAUUAGAAGCUCGUUAUGCAUAUUAUGUGGCUCUAUAAUUCUUGAGAUAUAUAUAUAACUCAUUAUUUUUAUUUUUCAAGGUGCAGUAUGAUCUUGUAGUCUCUGCAUUUUCUUUGAAUGAACUUUCCAGUAUGGCUGAGCGGCAGAAAACCAUUCAAACCUUAUGGAGGAAAACAGGGGCUUUCCUGGUAAAUUUAAUCUAAAUUAUUUGAUUCUCUUAUAGUUGACCCAUAACUAACAUAUUCUAUUAUAAGAAAAACAUGUUAUUACUUUAUAUUCGACUCCAUUACAAAUGUUGUUUUCUAACCCAAAGUGUUUUCUAUCUGUUCAUUAUCUUUUCUGAGGUGUUGGUGGAAAAUGGUACAAAGGAAGGACAUCAGCUUCUCAUGGAGGCUCGGGAAACAGUGUUACAUGUAAGUCAUAAGUAGUUAACUUUCCUACUUUUAAUAUUUGAAAUUUAUUAGGCGAUUACAAGAGUCAGCAUUAAGGCUCAUUCCAGGGUGGAUUUUAUAUUUUUUAAUAUUUUUUACACUUUCAUUACAACAAAGGAUUACUCCAAGCACAAUGACCACUUCUGUGAUUUAAAAAGGUCUGUAUGUGCAGCAGGAUGUUAUGUAACACUGUACAUACUUAUGUUAGCUACUCUGCUGUGGCAGGUGUAACUACACCUCCGACAGUGUCAAGCUCUUUUUCUUGGGUGUGUUGGGCCUAGUGUAUUUUCUCUUUUAAAAUAAUGGGGAGAGAGCAUACCCGAGAUAUCGGGCUUCUACUUUCACAAUCAGGUAGGCCCAAAAUGGCCGACCUGAUGCUGAACUCACCUCAUGGCUCCACACCAGUCUCAGAGGAUGAAGCAGGGGAAAAAGCAGAGCACCGGCUACAGCCUCGAGGCAGUAAAGCUCUGUUUAAACGGCAACCUGAACCUCAGUGGGCUACUUAAUCUGAAAUCAUCACGGUGACCACCUACCUCAAAACCUUCUUCUCCUCUGAAAUGGUUGUGCUAAAAGCAGACCUGAACACGCUGUUUGUCAGACUCAAUGCCACUGAGGACAGUAUCCAGAGCCUAGGCGCCCAGCAAAACACCACUGCACACCAGCUCCAAGAGGUCUCUAACGCAUAAACCGUGCUCAGUGUUAAGGUGGUACAGCUUGAAGACUUUACACAACAAUGCAAUCUGAAAAUCAGGGGAAUCCCUGACAUAAUCGACGCAGGUGAGCUGCCACAGUAUAUCAGGUGGCUACUGUCCGCCACACUACCAUCCAAGCAGACCAAGAACGUACUGCUGGAGGUAAUUUACCACUUGCCAGGGAACUCCAACAACAAAACCUCGGUUCCCAGAGAUGUUAUAAUGAGUUUCAGGUCACGGUCUGGCAAAAAGGCUUUCCUGGCCACAACAAAAGGCCAAUCACCAUUUUUGUUCGAACAAUAUGAACUUAGGUUUUUCCAAGACCUCAGUAGAUCGAUGCUGGAAUGGCGGGCAUCCAUUAAAGAGGUGAAAGCCCAAUUGUGAAAAGCAGGGAUCCCAUAUAUAUGGGGCUCACCAAGGGUGCUCACGGUGGGAAAAGGAUGGGCAACGCUUCAAGAUAAAUUAUGUGUCACAGGCGGACUCUUUCCUAAAGUCUUUAGGACUUACAAUUGCCCCUGUCUCAAAGAGCAGCAAAUCUGCUCCUAGCUGGGACGUGAAUAAUGUGGCAAUCUUUACACCUGCUGGUUGCACGGCUCUGAGAUGAGGCAACAACAGGGACAUACAUGUACCCAUUUACCUGUGUUAUUUACAUCAUUGUUUUAUUCGUUCUUAGUUGAAGUAAUUUUUAUCUUUUUAUUUUAAUUGCUCCGCUGCUUAGUUACUUAAAUGCCCUUCAGUGGUCACCUCACCCAACUACCCUGAGCUUAUUAGCCUUAAUAUGUGUGGCUAUUACAUCAACUUAUCCACCAUUCUCCCCCAGGCUCUAAGGUUAUGGAGCUUAAUAACACGACCAGUAAGUUAGGUCAUCUAACUAUCGACUCUCUAUCCUGUACCGUACCUAACUUAUGUCAGUUAAGCUUUAAAUGCAAAUACUUAAUGUGAUUACCUUUAUAUGUGACAACUGUAUUGCAUUGUCAUGUUUUCUUGUACUCCAAACAACACAAAACACCAAACAAACAAAAUGAUACCAGAUACUAGGUCUCAGGCAUGAUUCUGAAGCCCCCUGGUGGAUCACAUGGUAGAGAACCCAACUGGGAUGCUGAAACUGUUAGUUCAAACCCAGCCAGGUCUCUUAAAGAGGAGGCCAUGCCUUGCUGUCUGCAGGGCUCUGGGUGCACCGUGACCGUUGAAUUUGCAAUAAGUGUAUCUUUUAGAUUUGCUGAAUUUACCACGUGAUUUGCUUUUGUGAAUUUUUUUUUUUUUGGUCUGUGCAGGUACAAGACAAACAGAUCUGGGACCAUCGUCCACCACAUAUGUUUGCUCCGGUGAGGAUUAUUUGUCUGUCUUUGUGUGUGCAUAUGCGUGAGCAUUGUAUGUUUGAUUGGCAUUAUGUUUGGCCAGUCUCUUUACUUAAGGAGUCAAUUAUUCAGCUUAAAUAAAAUAGCACAUUUAGAGACGUUCAAAUAUGUACUUAUAAUAAGUCUAAAUAUUACAGCAUUGCCGAGGGUUGCCAUCAGGUUAUUUUAAUCUGAAUGUUUCCUUAUCAGUAACUUUAAACUCUCUGUCCAUUCACUUUAGCUAAAAGAGAAGUUUACAGCAUUGAUUUCAGAAAUGUAUUUUUUUACUACUUAAUUUUUACCUUAUGACAUUUCCUUGUUCUGUUUUCAACCGAUGCACCCACUCUAUGGGAUGUUUGUUUUUGUUUUUUUCCAUCUCCGCUAUUUUGGCAUUACUUCUGAAAUUUACUUUAAAUUCUUUGGAGUUCAUUUUGCGCAUGCACCUAAAUAUAACUUUUGGAGGGUUAACGUAGUUGAAUAUGUCAACCUAGCUAAAAGAAAAUGAGGAGAUGCUUAUUGGCCUCCUUGACAAGCUCAGCCAAUCAAAUUAUUUCCUAUGGAAAAGCAUUGUGAUUGGCUGAGAUCACCACUUCUGAUAAUGUCAGCCAAGCAGGAAGAUGAGGGGCAGAGCCAGCAGCAGACUGGAAUAAAAGUAAAAUUUUACUAUAUUUGGGGGCAAAUGGGGGGGCUAGAUGGUGUUAACAUUAUAGGUCAGGAAUACAGGUUAGUGUUCAUUUAAUAAUGUUGAAAUAUAUGGGAAAAACUCAAGAAUAUUGAACAUAAGGUCCCUCAGAAAGGUGUUUAAAAAUGCUGUAAUGUAAGAAUUCUUUGAAAACUAUAAACACUAAUAGGUUAUUUUUAACACUUAACAAAAUGAGUGUCUGAAACUGAAUCAAAUCAAUAUUUGGUUUGACCACCCGUUGCUUUCAAAAUUGCAUCAGUUAUUCUACAUACACAUGCACAAAGACCAGGGAGUUUGUAGGCAUAUUGUCAGGUGCGUGAAUAAACAAUUACACCGAACGGGUCAAUUUUCCAGUCACAUAAUGCACCAUUUCUGUUAAAGCGGCACUGUCAUGGCCGAAUCCCGUGUAGUUUUUUUUUUUUUUUUUUUUUACCCCCCUCCCGACUCCACUACAUCUAAUUGAGGGGCAUCUAGCCCCCCCAUUUGCCAAUUUAGGUCUUUCAGCCUUUUGGUCGAAAACUCCCUAAUUCCCAUGGGAUUAGGGAGCAAUCUACUAAGCGGCUGCAAGAUGCAGCUGCGGCAAUGAAUAGGAUCGGAGUUUCAUUUAUUCGAAUGAAAUUCCGAUACGAACAAAGUCCCAAAUUGUGUUCUAACAUGAAUGGAGAAACUGUUAGAACGCAAUUCGGCAGUUUUGCCGGCGUCCUGUCUAAGUGACAGGAAGCAUUGCGGGAACAGGGAGGAAAGGUAAUGAUUGUGGGAAAAUUGCUGUGAUCACCGCAAACGAAGCACACUUUGCUCCUCCGCUGGUCACUGUGUAGGAAACCUCCAUAAAAGAAAUAGUCCCUACUUUUUCUUAAUUUUUAAAGAAAACUAGAGCAGACAGGAAGAAAUUAACAGAUUCUGAGAGAGGGAGAGAAGAGGAAUCGAUUGGGGAAAGGUAAGUUCGGCAUGACAGUGCCGCUUUAAUCAACAAAGUUUUAAUCUUUUAAAUUUUUAUUUUAUUUUUUUAUUUUUUUUUAUAAGCAUUGGCCUAGUAAGCAUAAUCAUAAUUAGUCUUGUACAUUCCCCUUUUUAAGAGAAUAUUUUCUGUAGUUAUUUGUUUUUGUUACAAGUAUAGAAAAUGUUCAUUUUAUUUUUUAGCUUUAAGUUGACACACAAUUUUUAAAUUGUCAAUAAUCCUUAUUUUAAGUUACUGUUUUGUAGUGCCCGCAUGAACUGGCAUGCCCCAAACUUGCUCAAAAACUUCAAGUGCCAUGUAACUUUACACAGCUUUACCAACCACUGCAUCUCAGCUUGGUAAGUUUAUUUCAGUCGAGCUGGCUAGCUCAGUAGUAAAAUGUACAAAAAAUCUAAACCUAACAAUUUAUCUGUAAUAUUGCAUGUCCAGAUGCCCCAAAUCUUUCAUUCCUUUCUUCCUCCUCUUUAUGACAGAAUUCUCAACAACAAUGCGAAAAGUUUUCAUUCCUUAUAUUGUCCCGUAAUUUUGUUGGAGAAGCUGAUGCUCACUGGCCGCGUGUGAUUAGCCCUGUACUGCGCAGGCCACGCCACGUGCAUUGUCAUAUGUGCUGUGCUGAUGGUCAAAUUUACCAUGAUGUCAUCACUGCUCGACGGCAUGGAAGGUAUAUUUCAAGCAUUGUAUAGAACGGUUACUUGUAAAAUACAAACUCUACUUGCUGCCAACAUACUAAAAUAUAUAUAUAUAUAUAUAUAUAUAUAUAUAUAUAUAUAUAAUUUUUUUUUUUAGAUCAUCCUGCAAUUACCCUUACUCUUGUGUUGAUAUUCUUAUUAUAUGAUGUGAAAGUCACAAAAGAACUACAUUGUAUCAUUUUAUGCAUUGUUAUUACACUAAUAAUUAACUUUGGUAAUAUGCAUAACACAUGUAAGGGACAAUACAAAUAAUUGUCAAACCAAAUAUAUAUAAUAAAGUGUAUUUUUUUCACUCGAGGACUAAACAUAUGGUUAAAUAAGCCCAGUACUUAACCCUACAUGAAUAUGUACAAAAUUGCAAAAUCUAUAAAUAAAUAAAGGGUAGCAUUCCUGGGAUCAAUUAAAACUUUAACCUUUAACAAUUAAGUUUCUAUAAAACUUUUUUUCAAAUACAUUUUUGAGUUGUAGUAGAGAGCUGUCACUAGUAUUAUUAUGCGUCCAUUGUAGUUGCAGCAUAUUUAGAUCAUUGGCUUAGAUUUGUUUUUAACCCCAUCAACAUCCAUAGAGAGUAUAAACCAUUUUAUUUUCAUAUAUUAUGCUGCAUGAAAGCUAAUCCAUAAAGACUUCCUUACCCUCAUUUAUACUCUUGUUAUGAAUAGCAGCCUGUAAAGGAACACAUUUAUCUGCUAGAAGCUGCUUGUCACUAAUAUAAUGCCUGUAAACGGUAAAGAAAGUUUCAAUGGUCAUAUUAUUCCUACAGUCAAGGGAGUCAUGAAUGGACAAUUUCCCCCUUUGCAUUACAUUAGCAGUCUAAAGAUUGCUAAAGCAGUUUUAAAUACCUUUAUUUAAAGAAAUAUAUGAUUUAUCUGUAUUUACUGUCUGCUCAAAUGUAGACAUUCUUUGUACAUUCUGUUGCUAUAUUUAUUAUUUUUGCUUUUAUAAUAACAAUUCAAACCUUAUAAAAAUAAAAUGCAAUAUAAAGGGCACUGUAUACAUAAAUAUUUGGGAAAUUAAUAGCUUUAAAGGAUGAACAAAGAAGUAACAUAUGGGGUGUCCUCAUUGAGGAUGUUUUUCCAGGACCCUUCAGGCCCACUGGGGCCAAUCAAUCGAAGUGGCACCAGGCUCCCAGCUGCAUGAAAUGUCCAGUAAACUCCUGGAAGACUGCCACUGGAGACUGUCUUAAUACUGCAAUGUAAACAUUGCAGUUUCUCUAAAACUGCAAUGAUUUACAUUGCAGGACUUAGGGAAAUAGGGGCACUGUACCCAGACCACUUCAAUGAGCUGAAAAGGUCUGGGUACCUACAAGUUUGUAAAUGCAUAAGCAUGCAUUUAUUCCUGUUUCCAUUUUAUUUUAUUGAAUAUGAUUUGACUCUUUUAUGUUUAACCCCUUAAGACUGCAGGGUGUUCUAUGCCGUCCCUAUUUUGGUGGCUCUAAACGCCGCAGGGCGGCAUAGAACGCCCUGUUAUCUUAUGUACUUAACCGGUCGCCGGCGAUCAUGGUAUGGGGACUCACCUGGGAGCCCAGGGAGUCCCCCUCUGUCCUCUUUGGCCCCCCUGGGCCAUGUGAUCGCGAAGUCCUUGCAAGGCAUUGCCAGCAGGGGGAGUGCCUGUAAUGACAGGUACUCCCCCUGCUGACUGGAAAUAAAAUUAAAUAAAGUUUAAAACAGUGUAAAAUUAAAUAAAAUAUAUAUAUAUAUAUAAUGUGAUCUAAGUAUACAUGUACAUAAAUACACUGUCUAAGUGUAUUUUAAUAUUAAUAUAUACAUAAUUAUAUAUUAAUAUCAAAAUACACGUACAAUGAUAUUGAUUAAAUAUAUAUAAUUUUCAUUAUAUAUAUAUUUAUAAUCUAAAAAAAUGUAAAUACGUUAACAUUUUUAAAAAAAUAAUUAAAUUUAUACAUGUGAAGUUUCUGUAUUUUAAAAUUAAAAAAAAAAAUGUAGAACGAAAUAAUCCAUAUGUGUGUGUGUGUGUGUGUGUGUGUGUGUGUGUGUGUGUGUGUAUGUAUGUAUAUAUAUAUAUAUAUAUAUAUAUAUAUUAUCUCCAUCCAUCUUGGAUUUGAUUUGCAAGCUGACUGAAACAUUGAUUUUUUUUUUUUAAUUUUUUUAUUUUGAGCUAACAAAAGCUAAGUUUUAUUCAUUCGACUUGGAAGUCCCUGGAGUGCUAUCUUGUACUUUUGGCUGUAUCUGUUUGCUGAUGAGCACCGGGCAAGUACAUCAAGGAAGGUGGAGUGCAUUAAUAUAAACAAUAUGACAAUAUGAUAUAAUAGGCAUAACAGAAACAUGGUGGGAUGAGACACAUGACUGGGCAGUUAAUUUAAAUGGGUACACGUUAUUUAGAAAGGAUAGGAAAAACAAGAAGGGUGGUGGGGUAUGUUUAUAUGUCAACCAUGAGUUAAAGUCAAAUCUUAGGCAUGUGGAGUGUGACGAGGAAAAGGUGGAGGCUUUAUGGGUAGAUAUCUGCUUGGGGCAAACAAAGGGAAAUCAAUUAUUGGUUGGGAUAUGUUAUAAACCACCUAAUGUAAAUAUUAAUGAGGAAGAACAGCUGUUAGAGAAAAUUGAGAAAGCUGCAAAUCGAGGUAACACGUUAAUUAUUGGAGAUUUUAAUUAUCCAGACAUAAAUUGGGAAAGAGGGACUAGUACUUCAGCAAGGGGAAUCAGGUUUUUGAAUGUGUUAAAUGACACCUUUAUGUCACAACUGGUACAAGCACCAACUAGAAAGGAUGCUUGUCUGGAUCUUGUCAUAACAAACAAUGUUGAUCUUUUAACCAACAUUCAAGUAGGGGAGCAUUUGGGGAAUAGUGAUCACAAUAUGGUAAAUUUUUUAAAUAAACUCAAAAAAGCAAAAGCAGGUGGGGUAUACUAAAACAUAUAAUUUAAAAAAAGCCAAUUUCAAUAAGAUUAGGGCAGCUUUACAACAUAUCGACUGGCAUAAACUCCUUAGUGAUAAAAACACUGAGGAUAAAUGGAAACUAUUCAAAGAUAUAUUAGAAAGGUACAUCUCUCAGUAUGUACCAUUGGGUAAUAAAUAUAAAAGAAACAAAUUAAAACCAAUGUGGCUUAGUAGAGAAGUAAAACAAGAGAUUAAAAAUAAGAAAAGGGCAUUUAAAUCAGACAAAUCAAAGGCAUCCUAUUUAAGAUAUAAGGAAGCCAAUAACACUUGCAAAAAGGCAAUUAAAGUGGCUAAACUAGAAAAUGAGAAAUUGAUAGCUAAAGAAUGCAAAACCAACCCCAAAAAUUUUUUCAAGUACAUCAAUUCUAAAAAAACAAAAAAUGAAAGUGUAGGUACACUUGAAACAGAGUUGGGUUUAUUAGCUAAUGAAGACCAGGAAAAAGCAGAAUUUUAAAUAACUAUUUUUCUUCAGUAUAUAUUAAUGAGGAUCCUAUGGCAAGAGAUAUGCAAAUGUUUGCUGCAAAAAACUUGCAAAUAACUUGUGAUUGGAUAACUCGAGACAAGGUGCUACAGCUAUUAAAGAAAAUUAAUGUAAAUAAAGCUCCGGGGCCUGACGGUAUUCACCCACGAGUACUUAAGGAGCUAAGUGGGGAAAUAAGUGAACCUCUGUAUUUAAUUUUUCAAGAUUCUUUUGUUUCAGGUGUUGUACCGGAGGAUUGGAGGAAGGCAGAUGUUGUUCCUAUAUUUAAAAAGGGUUCAAAAUCCUUGCCUGGAAAUUAUAGACCUGUGAGCUUAACUUCUGUAACUGGGAAAAUAUUUGAAGGGCUAUUAAGGGAUAAUAUUCAGGAAUUCAUUGGGAAGAACUUUGUUAUUAGCAAUAAUCAGCAUGGUUUUAUGAAACAUAGGUCAUGUCAAACUAACCUAAUUGCAUUCUACGAAGAAGUAAGUAGAAGUAUAGAUCAGGGUGUUGCCGUGGAUGUGAUCUACUUGGACUUUGCCAAGGCAUUUGAUAUGGUUCCUCACAAUAGGUUAGUCUUCAAACUAAAAGAAAUUGGUCUACAUAAAUAUUCCUGUUCUUGGGUAGAACAUUGGCUUAAGGACAGAGUACAACGAGUUGUAAUUAAUGGUAAAUUUUCAGGCUGGACAAAAGUGGUAAGUGGUGUCCCUCAGGGUUCUGUUUUGGGACCACUUCUAUUUAACAUAUUUAUAAAUGAUCUUGAAAUAGGCAUUGAAAGCCAUGUAUCAGUGUUUGCAGAUGACACAAAACUUUGUAAAGUAAUAAAAUGUGAGCAGGAUAUUGCUUUGCUGCAGAGAGAUUUGGAUAGAUUGGGGGACUGGGCACUAAAAUGGCAGAUGAAAUUUAAUAUAGAGAAAUGCAAAGUUAUGCACUUCGGGGUUAAGAAUGCACAAGCAACUUACACACUAAAUGGUAGUGAAUUAGGGAUAACCACACACGAGAAGGAUUUGGGAAUUGUUAUAGACAACAAAUUAGGCAGCAAUAUGCAAUGUCAAUCUGCAGUUGCUAAGGCCAGUAAGAUUUUGUCAUGUAUAAAUAGGGGCAUAAAUUCUCGGGAUGAAAAUAUAAUUUUGCCUCUUUAUAAAUCGCUGGUAAGACCACACCUUGAAUAUGCUGUGCAAUUUUGGGCGCCUGUUCUAAAGAAGGAUAUCAUGGCUCUGGAGAGGGUCCAGAGACGAGCUACAAAAUUGAUAAAAGGAAUGGAGCAUUUUAGUUAUGAAGAAAGGUUAAAAAAAUUAAAUCUGUUUAGUUUGGAAAAACGGCGCUUGAGAGGGGAUAUGAUAACUUUAUACAAAUAUAUUCGGGGCCAGUACAAACCUUUAUCUGGAAAUCUAUUCAUAAACAGGAUUAUACAUAGGACACGAGGUCACACAUUUAGGCUGGAAGAAAGGAGAUUUCAUCUAAGGCAAAGAAAAGGUUUUUUUACAGUAAGAACAAUAAUGAUAUGGAAUUCUCUGCCUGAAGAGGUGGUUUUGUCAGAGUCCAUACAGAUGUUUAAACUGAAAUUGGAUAAAUACUUACAAAAACAUAACAUACAGGGAUAUAAUUUCUAGUUAGUGGGGUAACAGCUGCUUGAUCCAAGGAGACAUCUGACUGCUAUUUUGGGGUCAAGAAGGAAUUUUUUUCCUAGUUUGUGGCAAAAUUGGAAGUGCUUCAGACCAGGUUUUUUUCCUUCUUUUGGAUCAACAGCAACAACAUUUGUGAGGAAGGCUGAACUUGAUGGACGCAAGUCUCUUUUCAGCUAUGUAACUAUUUAUGUCAUAUAUAUAUAUAUAUAUAUAUAUAUAUAUAUAUAUAUUUCUGUAAUAAUUUUACAUAAUUAGGUCAUUUUAUUAAUUACAAUUUGCAGGACCUGCCUGACAACCCAGGCCGAAAGUUCAGGGAAUUUAAUUUGCUAGCACUAUAUUUAACCCUGUAACUUUCCAAGACACCAUAAAACCUGUAUAUAGGGUGUACUGUUUUACUCGGAAGACUUCGCUGAACACAAAUAUUAGUGUUUCAAAACAGUAAAAUGUAUUACAAUGAUAAUAUUGUUAGUGAAAGUGACAUUUUUUGCAUUUUUCACACACAAAUGGCACUUACACUGACAAUAUAAUUGUUGUGGUACGUUUUACUGUUUUGAAACUCAAAUAUUUGUGUUCAGUGAAGUCUCCCGAGUAUAACAGUACCCCUCAUGUACAGGUAUUAUGGUGUUUUCAAAAGUUACAGAGUCAAAUAUAAGGCUUGCGUUUCAAUUUUUUCACAAAAAAGACUGGACAUACCCCAUUUGCAGUACCUUCUACCUACCUGUCUACUUUUGCAAAUAGUAUGCCAUCAUGGGGGUAAUUCUUAUUCCUGGGCUACCAUAUGAUCUCAAAGGCAACGUAACCAAUCUGGCGAAUUUCAAUGUGAAAAAAACUGGAAAAUGUAUCACGCUAUAUUUGACCCUGUAACUUCCCAAAACACCAUAAAACCUGUACAUAGGAGGUACUGUUUACACGUGAGACAUCGCUAAAUACAAAUAUGUAUUUUAUUGCAGUAAAAGCAAAACAGUAUUUUGACAUUCACAGUUAAAAUGUCACGUAGAACUAAGAAAAUGUAAAAAUAAUCGUAUUUUUUUACAUUUUACAUUUUAUUCAUAUUAACUUAUGUUCCAUACCUAAAUAUGUGAUGUUAAAUAAAAGCCCUGUUUCCCCUGAAUAAAAUGAUAUAUAAUAAGUGUGGGUGCAUUUAAUAUGAAAGGUGAAUUACGGUUGGACAGACAUAUAGCGCAAAUGCCAGGCUUUGCUUACGUUUUGUUUUGAUCACAACUUGUACAUAUGGCUGCGGUCUUAAGGAGUUAAGCUAUACAUAACCAUUUGAGUAUAACUUUGCAUCACCCAGUAUCCCUCUGAUCCUGAUACCAUAUCCAAAAGCUCUGCAGAUGUGUGGUGAGGAGGGAAAGAGGGAAGAAAAAACUAUGGUAUAGGCAUUUAUGCACAGCUGAGUAAUGCACAGUUUGAAUUGUACUUUCUGUAUGAUACAGAAAGCUUUAUUUUUCAAUUUAAAAAAAUAAUAAAAACUAACAUGAAUUUUUUUUUUUUUUUGUCUUCUCAGGGACCUUUAUCGCUGUGCUAGAAAUAGUGAAUGGGGAGACCGCCUUCCAGCAUUGGUACCCUUUAGAAACUCUGACUCUGAGGAAAUUGCAAGUGGUGGGAAAAGCACUGCCACAUAACAUCUUGAAAACAGGGAGACUGAUUCAAAUCUGACAAUGGAUCCUGUCUAUUUGAUCAAGUAUUGUGAUGUUGCUCUUGACAUACAUAACAUUAGGCCCCUCUAAUGCCUGAUUGGAUGUAAAUAUUUGCAUAUACCCAGCUCAACAUUGGACUAAAUAAGUUUUUCUCCAUGGCUACAUUUCCAGGAUGACCAGGAAAUUUCUGUGGUUGUGAACUAACAUUAAUUUUGUUUUUCUGAGGUGUUACAUAAGCUCGUUUUAUGAAAUUGUUAUGAUUGCCUAAUAUAUCUCCUGAUGUCUGCACAAUCAUUGCUAGGCAGUUUCAGGUUUCCUUACAGCCCAUCCCAUACAAGUAUAAUUAAUUGACUCCUCUUUUCUGUUCUUAUCCUGUAACCAUAGUGUAUUGACUGUUCCCAUGUUAACAACUGCUGGGUUCUCUACAUACUUUAGUUUUGCAUGUGGUAAUUAGGGGUUACCUAAGCCCCAGCCUUUAAUCUAACCACAUCAACGUCACACCUCUGUUUGCUUAAUAUAAUUUUAAUAUUGACUAGUGGUGACGUUCUAGAAUGAGUUUGCAAUUUCUCCUAGCAGUGGCUAGUAGAGGCAGAUGUUGAAGCCAUGUUGCAAAGGUGGUGUAGUAUAGUGGCAAAGUGCUUGGUUUACCAUUACUGGCAACAUCUACUCUCUCUCAGGGGGUUUAGCUUCCAACUGCAGUAUGGAAAUACGCAGAUAUUUAAAACAAAUAUCAAGAUCAGAUCCAACAUACCCUAAGUUACCGCAAGCUUUGGUGCAGACAAGAUGUGUUUAGAAAUAUCCAAGCAUUACAGUUUCUGUCCAUUCACAGGGAAUGCAAGAACUGGAACAAAUUGUUGGCAAAGGAAUACCAGUAAACUGGAAUCAGUAUCAAGAAGUCUUUCCAAGUAAGAUAGUCAAAUCUUUAAGCCAACUUUGUCUGAUGUGGGAACAUCUGGACCAAACCAGACUCCUAACCAUCUUAGGGUGAGGGAGAUUAGAUAGGCAAUUUUUAAAACUGGGUGACAAGGCUUUGGACCCCUAACCACUCGGGACACAAUGUCACAAUGUUGCGGGGAUGAUGGUGGACGCCAUUAUCAUUAUUAGCCCUCACCCACCACCAAAGGCAGAGGGGGGCAACUGGUUCCUCCCACCCCCCACACCUCCCAUUAUAAUAUUAAACCUCCUCGCACCUGCCACUAGUGGGUGGGGGCUGAGGUGGAUAAUAUAAUAGUCGCCUCACACUAUAAUAUAUUAAUAUAGGGGAUACAUCUUUAAGCACACCAUGCUCCCCGCCAGCCUGCAAUCUUGAAGACCAGCUGUGUCCAAAAGGUAGAGCCCCAGAUUUUGUAGAACUACAACUCCCAUGAUGCUUAGCAUACCUUUAGAAUGACAAAACAUCAUGGAAGCUGUAGUUUUAAAACCUCUGGGGAUCCACCUUUUGGCACCCCUGUUCUAGACCAUGCAGAGACGCUGCUGAAACACUCUGCACAGUCCUAGUGCACAGCGCAAGGAUGUCUAAUGAUGUACUGUGCUGUCCAAGGGACAGCUCCCUAAUGUCUCGUCUCGAAAUAGGACACCAGGGAACUAAAUCUGGACCCUAAAUAUAGGGACUGAUACAUCAAAAGCAAUACAGCUGGGUGGACCAGAGUACUGUAUCCACUCUCACCUCCAGCUCUGCUAUUUUUUCACCUUGUUUGGUGGCUCUCACCAUUGCUGCCCUGUUGUGUAUUUGUACCCCACCUCAUCUAGACUGUAAGCUUGUUUGAGCAGGGUCCUUGUCUACCUAUUGUUCCUGUGUCACUGUGUAAUUGUCUCAUUUAUUGUAAAUUCCCCCUUCCAUAUUAUUGUAAAGCGCUGCAGAAUUAGUUGGCGCUAUAUAAAUACCAAUAAUAAUGUGUAGAAUAUACAAAACACAACGAGGGAACCGGCUGAUUGUCUAAAUAAAGAUAAAUAAAAAAGAAGUAUAGUGUAAUACAGUUUUACAAUAUUAACAGGACCUCUAUUUGUAUUUAUUUUAUAUUUUUAUACAAUUAAAGCCGCUUUUUUCAUACCUUCACCCGGAGUCCUGCAUUUUGAGUGGAAGUGUCCAGGGGAUUCCCCCAGCCCCCCAUAUCAUCAGGGGUGGCACCAUAUAUGCCUGAGCUGUCCAAUAUCCUGUGAGUGCAUUUCAUAUUGCGCAGUGUUAAUAUUGUAAAACUGUAUUACACUAUACUUUUUUUUAUUUAUCUUUAUUUAGACAAUCAGCCGGUUCCCUCGUUGUGUUUUGUAUAUUCUUGUGUUCAAGUUGAUUGCUAGCUGGGAGCGAUCUGAGGGAGGCUGCAUUCACUUACCACUGAUAAGUAUCCUUGUAUAUAAGUGUGUGUAUAAGGUGCAUUUCUUUUGUUUUUUUUUGGUCAAUAAUAAUGUGUGUGUGUGUGUGUGUAUAUAUAUAUAUCUCUAUAUAUAUAUAUAUAUAUCUAUAUAUAUCUAUAUAUAUAGAUAUAUAUAUAUAUAUAUAUCACUCCUUGGAAAAACGUUUUGGCCCUCCUGGAAAAAAAAAAAAAAGUUGCCACCUGGAUUUAACUAUGCAAAUAGGUAAGAGCCUCCUAUUGUAUGGUUACUGCAUGGGCGAUUUAUCUUUCAGCUGGCAACAAGUUAUUUAACCCCACCUGAUGCAAUGAGUAGCUUCUCAUUUCUUAAACAACCCUGUCGAUGGACACAUCCCGUGGUCGUGGAAAAAAUGUUAGUCUGUUUUGAGAAGGGUCAAAUCAUUAGCAUGCAUCAAGCAGAAAAAACCUCUAAGCAGAUUGCAGAAACGACUAAAAUUGGGUUAUGAACUGUCCAACGCAUUAUUAGAAACUGGGAGGAGAGUGGGGAACUAAUAGCCUUCUAGGAAGAAAUGUGAUCGGAAAAAAAUCCUGAUUGAUUUCGAUCGGCGAUCACUUAAACGUUUGGUGAAAUCAAAUCAUUGAAAAAUAGCAGUAGGACUGUUAGUCAUUGUUUAAUAGUGAAAGUAAGAGCCUUUCCACAUGCACAGUGUGAAGGAAAUUCAAGGGAUUGGGACUGAACAGCUGUGUAGCCUUAAGAAAACCACUAAUCAUUGAGGCAAAUCAGGAAAAAAUGCUUCAAUUUGCCAGGGAGCAUAAAGAUUGGACUCUGGAGCAAUGGAAGAAGGUCAUGUGGUCUGAUAAAUCCAGAUUUACCCUGUUCCAGAGUGAUGGGCGCAUCAGUGUUAGAAGAGUGGCAGAUAAAGUGAUACACCCAUCGUGCCUAGUGUACAAGCCUGUGGGGGCAGUGCUAUGAUCUGUGGUUGCUGCAGUUGGUCAGGUCUAGGUUCCGCAACAUUAUGUGCCCAAAGAUUGAGGUCAGCUGACUACCUGAAUAUACUGAAUGACCAGGUUAUUCCAUCAGAGCAUUUUCCAAGAUGACAAUGCCAGGAUUCAUCGGGCUCAAAUUGUGCAAGAGUGGUUCAGGGAGCAUGAGACAUCAUUUUCACACAUGGAUUGGCCACCACAGAGUGCUGGAGAAGGCUUUGCACAGUGGUCCGACUCUCCCAUCAUCAAUACAAGAUCUUGGUGAAAAAUUAAUGCAACACUGGGCAGAAAUAAAUCUUGUGACAUUGCAGAAGCUCAUCUAAACAAUGCAACAGUGAAUGCGUACUGUAAUCAAAGCUAAAGGUGGUCCAAGUAAAUAUUAGAAUGUGUGCCUUUUUUUUUUUUUUUGGCAACUUUUUUUAGGGCUAGGCAGUGUAUGUCUAUGUAUAUGCUGGUGGUCUUCUUUUUUAUAUGUCCAAAAUAUUUUUUUUUUACAGUUUAUCAGUUAUUCAAUUUUUUCAUAGACCAUUCAGAAAUAUUAGAUAGGUUUGCAUGACUCGAGUAUAGAGAAAAAUUUUUACAGUUGUGAAAAUACAUGCCUUUUAUCUGAACUCACGUGCUUAUCCAAACUAGUGAUCUGAUAAGUCUGUCUCUUGCACUUACAUAUAUAUGAAUAUUAGAGGCAGGUCCCAAUUAUUCAACAAGUGUCAAAAGAUUUCUUUUCACUCAGUUGAUGAGAAUGUCAGCUCAAAUAUUUAUUGAACCUGUCACAUUCAAAGCUUGCUAGUUUUUGUAUAUAAAAUGUAAAGUAUGUUUAAGGCUGGAUAAACAGUACCAAAGAGUGUUAAUGUAUCAUGACUCUCAUUACAGUUGACUCUUAAAGCUGCAUGUGGAACAUAGUUGAGGUCUGUCCACUAAGCAGUUUCACCAAAUGUCAUGUCAAAAUGGUUGAAUUUAGGGGAUGGCCAUGCAGGACAGACUCAUCCCGAGUAAGCUCUAGCACCAAAAUUUAUAAAAUUCAUGGAUACUGCUGUUCAUACCUUCCAUUGAUGAUUAUAAUUGUCUCCACGGUGCUCCUGGAUUAAGGGGAGAUGACCCUAAUGCCGUCGAGCCAGCUCUCCGGGUGUCCACGCUGACGGAGAGCUGGCUCGACGGCAUGGUGUGCCUGGAGGAGUGGAGAAGCGGCCGUUCUCCGCUCCUGAUCCGCCACACUGUUUAGUGCCCUGUUCUGGUGAUCCCGGUCUACUCCCUGGAGGUUCCCUUACCAAAUGGAGGGCGCGUGGCACUAUAGCAACAAGUUAUCCUCACUCAAGAUGGCAGACUCCGCGUGCUCCUCCCAUCCCUGCAGACAAUGUCUUGCAGCACUGCUAUAGUUGAAUGAACCUUUCAAGUCCCUUUACACAGUGGAGGUCUGGUUGUGAUCCGUGGCAUGGUUAGAGACGCAUCUUAGAACACACCGGAGAGCUGAGUGGAGAGUGAGAAACCUCACAUGAUGCAACAAGCCACAAAAAACACUGUGGACUUUUGGCUGUGAUCAGUGAUAAGCUGCUGCUUUGCUCUUCCAUCACUGCACUAAUUCAUCCAUUUCUUGCCUACAAGGAGGCCCUCCUGAGGGUUUUAUUCUCUGACAAAGCUAUCCGAGAUGCUUUUCAGUUACUUUCUAUUACAUAUUUAGAAUUUCCUCUCAGUGCACAUGUCCUGCUCAUCUAUCUGUUUCUUGUUCUUAAGCCUAGUACAGUGGUAAUCUUGUAUUUAGUUUAAGAAAUAAAAAAAGGUGUUGUUUCCUAUAUAUCCAUUGUUUGCUAGAAGUUAAAUUUUAUUUUAUUACUAGACAAUGUCUGAUAGGGUAUUCUUGUUAAUGCACAGCACAGCAAAAUGAAAUAAUUGAAAAAAAUGGUUACAUUACAAAAAUAUUUGAGUUUAAGGUUUGUUGCUGGCAUGAUUGUGUUGGCCUAGAUAUAUCAGCUUGGUUGCCCUCACCCACAGUUUACUUUUUAUGAAAUAGAUCCUUCUGUUAAGAUGGCUUACUUUGAGUUGCUGGCGGGUAGACAUUCAGAUGUUGAAUUAAAAUAUCAUUGUGUAGCCCAUUUUUCACCACUCUGUGGCACCUCAAAGGUGUCUGAGCCUCUGCUUAGAUGCGUUGGUGCCUGCUUACAAUAUUUUUAGAGAACUUAAGUUGUCAGCACAUGGUCCCUUUGCUCAAAAGCUUUGUUUCUUGAGAAUGAGCUUAUUUCAGUUUAAUAAAAACAGACACAUAUAUAAGGCACAACUCAAUAAUUUUUUUAUAAAAAGGAAAUAAUUUUUUUAGUGCAGAUUUCACUAUUUAUAAAACUCAAGCAGUUUGCA